AAAAACUGUAAUGGUGAGUUUUAUUUAAUGGGGACAGAAGCGAGAUCAUCAUCUUAAAGAAUUCAAUACUUUGUGUUACCACUAACUACACAACAUGGGAUGAGAUAAACAUCAGCUCUGAGUUGUUUGUUUAAAUGAUAAUGAUGAUGAUCCAUGAUAAUCCUCAAGGUCAGUGGUCAUUUGCUGGCAUUCACCGUUGAGGAGACUUAUUUUACAAAACCUUAUUUAUUUAAACAAAUACUUUUACAGAUUUUAUUCAAUGUUGGCUCUAAAAAAGCUGUUUACUGCAUUGUUUUUCACCUCCGUUCACGUUGGUUCCUCCCUCCUCCUCCUCCUCCUCCUCCUCCUCCGCCCUCCCAGUCAGAUUUACAGUACAUAAGCGUCACUCUCAGGCUGAGUGAGCUGACGCUGAGAGUUUAAAAAACAUUGUACAUGUUGAAGUGAAGGAUUUCACAUGUGACGGGCAGAGAUUCAGUAGAUAUCAGCUACAGAAGAUGAUCGUCAGCUUCCUGCUAAUCGUUCCUGUGACCCUCUGCGCUCCUGAGAAACAUCAUAAAAAGGCUCAAACCUAUGAGGUGGAGGAAAACCAUAACGUCACCGUUGAGUGGUGCUUCUCCUCCAGAGUGGACGUUUCGGUCGCUUCACUUAAAAUCCACUGUCUGCUGACGCCGGAGCUGAAGGUCUUCUACCAUCUGGACCAAAGCGUGAAGGAGCCUCAGCACCAGCAGUUCUCAGGACGUGUGCACUGUGACGUGGACGCCCUUGGUGCAGGACGGGUCAGGCUGCACCUGUCCAGAGCCAGGACCGAGGACUCGGGCCAGUACCUCUGCAGGAUGAGCACCGGCUUUGGCAGGAAGGUCAAUGAGUUCUGGCUCAACGUCACAGCAGCUGCUGAUAGACUCAAACCCGUGCUGCCUCCUCCACAACCAUCGGGUCGGCACAGGAUCUUCCUCUGCCUUUGUCUGGUUCUGCCGGUAGCAGCGGUCGUGGUGCUCGUCAGCCGCCUCUGUUGUUCAUCAGAUUCUCCUUAAAGCACUACAUCAGAGUGUCUGUCAGCUUCCACUGCCUGUUGGUAUGAAGACGCCUCCAGGACCACAGACCUGGUUCCGCUCAUUGGUUCUAAUGCUGAACAAAUGUGGGGAAGUCCAAACCAGUUUUCUCUGCGGGGGGUGUUGCUGAUUCUGACUCCAACCAGAAUGGCCGUGGUUUCUCAUCUGGGUUGGAUCUGAUGUUAUCACACAAGCACAACCAGCUUUGUCGUGUGAUUGACAGCUCAUAAUGAAGAACACUCACCACAGAGGUUUUAGUGGCCAGUAAAUAAUGGUUGCACUCAUGUCAGAGCUUGUGGAUGGUAUUUUUCUUGUAACAGCAGAUUUGUUUUAUUAUUCCUUAUUGUAUUAUUUUAUUUUUUACUAAUACUAAACAAUAAUAAUGCUUGACCAAGCUACAUAAUCUGCAGGUUUUCUACACUUGGAUGAAAUACUACAAAACUGUUUGUCCAUUCAAAAACAAUGUCUUGCACCACAUGUAAAGAUGAACGUUCCUUGUCCACACAUGCUGUUAAUGCAUCACAUUCAAUAAGUCCCGUUGUCACGCUCAGAACAGGUUGAACCAGUAAACCUUCCCCAAAUAUUCCUGCUGUAUGUGAGCUGAUAGAAAUCUGGCCUGAACUGGAGGGAAUAUCUGGAAUGUUGGCUGGAAGUUCCGAGCUCUGUUGUUGUGAUUUGUUAUUAACAUGGAGCCGGCUGCUCCUCUGUGUUUGGCUGAAUGUUUACUCACGGACGUUUUGCUGCUGUUUUUUUUUAAGAAUGAGUUUUGUAAAGAGGUGUCAGCGUCAUGCACUUCAACUGACAACUGACACUUGGCUUUUAGUUUGAUGUGAUCAGAUUAAAGACAUAACAAUGAUUAUUAA